AUGGCGAAUAUGGAGGCUCGUUCUCGCGCACUUGAAGCAAAAUCGGCACGAGAUGCCGAACUUGAUGCUGAGGAGCUUCAAAACGCUGCACUGGAUGAUGAAGGUGACGAGGGUGAUGUUGACAUGGAUGGAGAAGAUGAAGAUGGUGAAAUCCCUCUCCCUACACCUGAGGAGAGAGAACAGGAAAAGAAAAGUGGUGGAUCCGAUGUUAAUAUGUUACAAAGGCGAAUGAGACUGUGUGUCAGAGUGUUGGGCAAUUUCAAGAAACUGCACGCUAAAGGACGAUCGCGAUCGGAAUAUCUUGACCAGCUCAUCUCAGACAUUGGUAGUUACUACGGUUAUAACGACUUCCUUACCGAGAAACUAUCGCAGCUAUUCCCUGUGGCAGAGGCUAUCGAAUUUUUCGAAGCAAAUGAAGUUGCUAGACCAGUGACAAUCCGGACAAAUACCUUGAGGACUCGAAGACGAGAUCUUGCGCAGACACUGGUUAACAGAGGUGUCACCCUGGAGCCAAUCGGCAAAUGGACUAAUGUUGGGCUGCAAGUAUUCGAGAGUGGUGUGCCCAUUGGCGCAACCCCAGAGUAUUUAGCUGGCCACUAUAUGCUUCAAGCGGCAUCUUCCUUCCUUCCAGUCAUUGCUCUCGCUCCCCAACCAAAUGAACGGAUUUUGGAUAUGGCCUCUGCUCCAGGUGGAAAAACGACGCAUAUAGCUGCUCUUUUGCAGAACACUGGCGUAGUCUUCGCAAACGAUGCAAAUCAGGCACGUACGAAGAGUCUAACGGCCAAUGUGCAUCGCUUGGGUUGUAAAAAUGUCAUUGUUUGCUCCUACGAUGGGAGGGAGUUCCCCAGAGUGAUAGGCGGGUUUGAUCGUGUGUUACUGGAUGCGCCGUGCAGCGGUACUGGCGUAAUCAGCAAGGAUUCGAGCGUCAAAGUUAACAAGUCUGAGCGAGAUUUCCAUCUCCUUGCACAUUUACAAAAGCAACUUAUCCUUUGCGCCAUCGACAGUGUGAGCCCGGACUCGAAGACGGGAGGCUAUCUUGUCUACUCCACUUGUUCGGUCACCGUUGACGAAAAUGAAGCUGUCGUAGACUACGCACUGCGAAAGAGGUCAAAUGUUAAACUUGUAGACACGGGUCUCGAGUUCGGGCGAGAGGGUUUUACCAGAUUCAGGGGCAAAAUAUUCAACCCAAGCCUAAAUCUUACACGGAGAUUUUACCCGCACGUCCACAACAUGGAUGGAUUCUAUGUUGCUAAAUUCAAGGUAGAGAAGCGCACGAACAUCAGGGCAAAUGGUCGUGUUAGUGAAGAUACCAAGAAGGGGGCCGUAACUGUCGACGACGAUGGCGAGCAGGAAGAUGUCGCUUUUGAUUCAGAGGAAGAUAGGCCUAUUCUUGAGGAGGCUAAACGGACACGUAUGAAAGCAAAGGGCUUGCGCGUCCCUCCUCGAAAAGUGGAUACAACGGUCGCACCUGCUUAAAAGACUAUUUUGCCUUGCCGAUAUCUUAUUCGUGAUUUGCAUACAUCACUAGUCGCAAGAGACGCGUGCGAUAUUUUAAUGACAGAUCAUGGAAAAUCUUUAUUCCGAUACCAUCAUUGAUUCGCAGCAGAAAACAAUAGCUGAAAAUCACUUGUAAUUGUAUCGAAUUUU